AUGUCUAGAAAAUCAUCAUAAAAUGGAACUAUUAAAAAUCAUAGUAGCUAUAUAAAUGAUAAUAGUAGUCAAACAAAAGAAAUCGAAAAAGAUACUCCCAAACUUUCUUAGAAUUCAAAUAAAAAUGCUUCAGCCAUUGAAAAUAAUGUUUAGUAAAAUUGUAGAGAAGCAGCAUCUUCGCUUUUGCAAAAUAAUUAGGUGUCAUUUAAUCCUUCUUCCUCGUUGAUGAUGGGAGAUAAAUCAAACAAUACUAACUCUUUGGAUGAAGAAAAAAUGAUUUUAGAAGUAAUUUUAUCUGGUUAGUUAAACGAUUUAAAGCACUUCAAUUGGAAAAAUAAAACUUUAAAUUAUGUUAGACCGUUUGGCCCUACUUCAUCAAUAGAUAAAAAGGUAACACCUCUAAUUGUAGCAGUUUACUGUGGAAAUAUUGAUAAUGUGAGAGAGCUGUUUAAUUAAAAAGCUCCAAUAGAUGUUAAUUACCCAUCAAAAAAGUAAAAACUAUCUCCUUUAAUGGUCGCAUGCAUUAAGGGACAAUUUGAAAUUAUGCAAUACCUAAUAUAAAAGGGAGCGGAUGUUUGUUAAACUAGUGUAGAUGGACUUCCUCCGCUUUACUAUUGCUUUUCUAGGCUUGAGGAAGAUAGCAAUUAUUUUGAAAAUAAAAACCUUUGUAUCAAAAUGGCUCAAUACUUAUUAGAAAAAGGAGCAAAUGUUAAUUAAAUUGUUAAUGAAGAAAAUAAACAUACACUACUUAUGCAAUUUUGUAAUAUUUAAGAUGAUCUAGAUUACAGAGAAAAGGAUAUAAACCUAUCUAUGAUUAGAUUUUUAGUUUAAAAUGGUGCAGAUAUUUUUAUGAAAAAUGCUUAAGGCUAAGAUUGUUAUGACCUGCUUGAUAAACAUCCAUACAAAGAAGAAGUAAUUAAGAUAUUCGAAUAAUAUGAAAAUACCAUGGUUUCUAAUUUCAGAAUAUCUAAUGAAAACGAAAGACCCUCCUAAUCUCAAUUAUUAAUAUCUUAAGGUAGCCGCUAUUAAUAAAGCAAAUCCAAGAAAAAAAAUUCAACUCUAAACACUCCUUAGUCUUCUAGCAGACAUCUAAAUCUACCUAAUAUUAGUUAAUCACCAAACGGAUAAUCGUUUAGUAACUAGUGUUAGCAUAACUAGUAAUAAUAAUAAUAAUAAUAGGAAUUAUAAAAAUAACUUAAACCUCAAAUAGAGAAUUAAACUUAAUAAUAUAGAUCUAAAUAUAAUUAAAAUACAGAAAUUGAAGGAGAAGAGACAAAGCACAAAGCAUGCUGCCUUCUCUUUUUUUGA